AGAUUCCAAAACAAGUAACGGAACCGGGGCAGCGGCGGCCGGUUGCCAGAAAGUUGUUGUGUCGAAACCGUGAAGAAACCACGAGAAGUUGUUAAGUAGGAAAGUAAAGACGACAGUCUGCGUUUUCUUCUCGAUAAGAAGAAGAUUUAUCUUUAACCAGGAGAUUUAAUUAGAUUUAUCUGCGCGUCAGGCCGUUACCGAGUGACAGAGGAAAAGUCUGGACCGUUACCGUCCGUUAAAGUAACCGAACAUGAAUGGAGACCGGCUGACACUUUAACCGAAGAGAUGAACUUCGGUGUCCCCGCCAAUUCGCUGCUUCUUUUCCGAGCCUGCGACGAGGGGGAUUAUGACACCGCCCGGGGGAUCCUGGAGCCCGGAGCCCCGAAGGAGUCCGGGCGGCAGAGCAGGCUUCGGUCCGAGGCCGGUUCGGAGUGUAACACCGCGGACAUGUUGUCUCUGGUUCCGGUGGACUGCACGGACGAAGAGGGGAACACCGCCCUACAGUUCGCCUCCGCCAGCGGUCAUGAGAACCUGGUUCGGUUUCUGCUUCGGAAAGGAGCUUCGGUGGACAGCCGCAACAACUACGGCUGGACCCCGCUGAUGCAGGCUGCGAGGUUCGGCCACCUCACUGUCGCCCACAUCCUGCUGGAGAACGGGGCAGAGAUUAACGGACGUAACCGUCUGGGAGCGAGUGUCCUGACUAUGGCGGCCCGUGGGGGACACACUCAUGUAUUGAAGCUGCUUCUGGAGAGCGGGGCCUACGUUGAUGACUACGAUCAUCUGGCUGUGGCUGCAGACACAGUCUCCAACGGAAACAACAACAACAGCUGCAGUGGGGGCGGCUUCGGAGCGACUGAAGGCUGUCCAGGAGGAGACGGCAGAGAGUUCAUGGACAUCAUAGCUCUGAUGGUGGCAGCUCAGUACGGACACGAGGCCACAGUGCGUCUGCUGCUGGAGUGGGGCUCUGAUGUCAACUUCUCCCAGAAGACCACCGGCUGGGGACCUCUGAUGGUGGCAACGCUUGGCGGGAAGGUUGCUGUAACUCAGCAGCUUGUGGAGCGAGGAGCUGACCCUGACCGAGUCAACGUCCUGUCCAAGACGCCGUUUGAGCUCGCCAUGCAGCUGAAGCAGAGAGACAUCAAGGCGUACCUGGACUCCAUCACCACCGUCAGACCACAGACAGACGACGAGCGGAGGAGACCCGACGUCUUCAGCGCCCUCAAGUUGGGAAAUUCCCAGCUGGUCAAAGAGAUCUUGGAGGAGGAUCCCACUCAGGUGAAUUCGUCCAAUCAGGAGGGAGCGACUCCUCUCAUGAUGGCGGCAGUGAGCGGUCAGUUAGAGGUGGUGCAGCUGAUGGUGGAGAAGAAAGCCGACAUCGACAAACAAGAUGGCGUCCAUGGGUGGACGGCUCUAAUGCAGGCCACUUAUCACGGUAAUAAAGACAUCGUGAAGUAUCUGUUAGGUCAGGGGGCGGAUGUGAACCUCCGAGCGAAGAACGGAUACACAGCCUUUGAUUUAGUGAUGUUGCUGAAUGACCCAGACACUGAGUUGGUGCGUCUGUUAGCAUCCGUUUGUAUGCAAGUGGACAAGGACAAGUCGAAACACCGCGGCAGGGCCUUGAUGACGCGAUCAAAAAGCCGACAAUCACUCAACAACGUCCCCGUGCCGCCUGAUGACAAGGGAGGCCUGAAGUCCUGGUGGAGUCGGAUGUCAAAUCGGUUCCGCCGGCUGAAGUUGACUCACACCCUGAGACACGGCCUCUCGUCCAACCGCCUCGCUCCGUUUCCUGACGAUGCUGAAACCUCAUUGGAUGCCACAAUGAAGGCGGAGAGGAAACCUGCUGCCGGGUCCAACGGGGCGCUCGCACCGAGUCCAGCUCUGGGAGGGAACGACCUCAGCAACGCCUGGGCUGUGAAGAGCAAAGAUGCUGGUCUUUGCAGGGCGUCCUCGGAAAAGGAAGACUUUCUAAUAACGACUAUGCUCAGAAGCGGCGCUCCUUUGACCCGACUGCCCAAUGACAAGCUGAAAGCGGUGAUCCCUCCGUUCCUUCCUCCGUCCAACUUUGAACCGUGGAACUCAGACCGCUCACGCCUCCUCAGGGAGGGAAAGAGCGAAGCCCCCCGCCUGCCGAUGCCCCCCCAGAGGAAACUGAACAGCAGUGGAAACUCGGAUAUUACAUCCAUCAGUCGCGUGGUCAGUAGGUCCAUUAAGUUUCCCAGCAUUCCUAAGGGGCCCUCGUCCUCCUCGCCAUCGAACUCUGGACACUACCACUCCCCCCACUCCUCAGGAGGCUCCAACGGAGUCGCUGGGAUCAACCGGGACUCCCACAACAGAUCAGGGGGCAGUGCAGACAGCGUGCUCUCACAGAUAGCAGCUCAAAGGAAGCGAGCAGCAGGUCUUAUAGAUGUGAAGACUCAAACCCCAGAGAAGCAGCAGAGUCAGACACAGAACACACUAUCCAUCCCCUCCUCAGCCUCCGGCCUGCCGCUGCCUGACAUCAGCCUCCCUGACAUCCACUCCCACCCCAGCCUGGUGGCCUCCGACCUCCACUCCAGAAGGAAGAUGGAGCUGAAGAAGAGACCUCAGUCAGGAAACUCCUCCACCUCCAAGAGCACGUCGCCCACUCUCACUCCGUCUCCUUCCCCAACGCCAAAGCCUCCCACUGGGCCGGUAGACUCUCUGUCCUCAGCCUCUUCACAUCCUCGCUCCAAAAGCAGCGGGGGCUCCAGCAGUGGGACCAUAACUGAUGAAGAUGAGCUUUCUGGUAUCUUGAAGAAACUGUCAUUGGAGAAAUACCAGCCAAUCUUUGAGGAGCAGGAGGUCGAUAUGGAGGCUUUUCUGACUCUAACAGACGGAGACCUGAAGGAGCUCGGCAUUAAAACAGACGGACCCCGACAACAGAUCCUCGCGGCGAUAUCCGAGCUCAACGCUGGAAAGGGACGAGAGCGGCAGAUCCUUCAGGAGACCAUUCAUAACUUCCAGUCUUCCUUCGGCAGCAGCGCCAGUAACCCACGGCAACCAGGUGAACCUCGCUCACCAACAGGUUGGAUGAGACAAGAUCAGGUGCGAUCAGCAAACAAAAGGUAGCCUGGCAGCCCCGAUUGAAAAACCAGGAAGUCCACCAAAGGUACCUAGAGUAAGGAUAAAGUGCAGGUGACCUAUAGUCAAGGCACCAAUGACAUGGAGUCUUCUGGACGCCAGUGUCCCAGACUGCUGACCGAGUUAGUGCAAGAGGACGCUGCAUCAAAACGACCACCAGACCCAGAAAACCCGACUUAAAGGACCCUCCAGGACUGACUCGUGUUAGUUUUAUGGAUCGUAAAGCAGAGGAGGCGUGACCGGGUCGGCAGAGUCCAGAGCUGUCGGAUAAAGCAUGUGACGUGUGACACAUUAUAUUUGUUGCCGUGGUGAUCAGGUUCAUGGGUGACACACACAGAGACUGAAAGGAAGAGAAAGAUGAGCGGAGCGCUGGAGUGCAGGGAACGUUUUUUUUACAUUUAUCUGAACAGAUGUGAGAGGUAGAGCAGAUGUUUACAACUGCAUGGAUCCGUGAAGUAGUUAGUAUCAUAUUCUGUGUUGCACAAAUAUUUAGUUUAAUCUGAACUAUGACUCAAAACACAAUUCAUGAAAUGAAACAAACAAAAUGACAGAUUGAGGCAGCGGGAGACGACCAAGUUUGAAAUGAUACAUUCAUUGUUUCUGCCGCUGGCUUUUAAGAAAGUGAUCAAACAACUGAUUCUGUCCAGUGAUCUUUGUUAUUAGACUACAAUCUGAGCCAUGUCCUAGGCUGCAUCAAGCCUUUUUAAAAGACACACAUGUUAGGGAGUAUUUCCCCCUAAAGGAUCAUGUUACAGCCUGUUCAGCAGCUGCAGACUGAAAAAAGAAUCUACAGCUGUGGCUAACACAAACUGAAUAUGUACAUAUCAGUCAUGUAGACAUCCAAUUAUUUAGUAACAGAGCCCAGGUGUGAAGACAAGAGAGUUGAUGAGAGAAGUCGAAACGUCACUUACAGCUCGCCAAAGUGACCACGCCCCCUUUUGGGUAAAAACAAGCCCUGAGAAUGUAUCUGCGGUGGAUUAGAGCACACUGGUAGCAGCAUGAUGAAAUGCUAUUACAAAGCUAUUUGUACUUAAAACUAUUUACAAAAUGCUUUUUUAUCUACAGAGACAAAUGAGAGAGAAGAGGUCUUUGUGUUGUGGCUGAAACUAGAGGAUUAGGCCUCGUGUCCACCUGGUGUUUUUUUCUGAGCGCCAGCGUCUUUUUUCAGUUGUUCUCUGGAGAGAGCGUUUGGGCAGCUCCCUGUUCACAAAAGUCUCCCAAACAGUCGUUAAACAAGUUUUUCUUAUUCUAACCUUUUAAAUCUCGAAAGAGGUCUUUUCCAUUUACAGCCAUUCAUUUUAGGUUUAACUUUUUCGCCCAGAAAGGGGCGGGGCCAGCGUUGUUCGGAAAAGCACCCUGAUGGGUUGCUUUCGUCAAUUUCCUGUUAAGUCAGGAGAAUAGAGGAGAGAGAGGAAUCAUGUUGAGACGAGUUAAAAGUUGCACUGAUGAGUGAAGGAGAGAAAAUGUGAUUUUAGCAGUAGAUGAUGUUUGACUCUUUCUCUGGUGUGUCCGUGUCUUCUCUCUGUGCAGAGCUGUCCUGAGUCAAUAAAUGAUAAUAUGAUGAUGAUGAUGA